AUGGCUUCUCACGCUGUUUCCGAGGGCGGUGUAGGAAAGGCCCAGCCUAAUGGGCCAGAGCUGGUCUCGGUCGACGAGAAGAGAGACCUGUCGAGUGAGAAGCAGAUCGAGGAUGUCGACAUCAAUGAUCAAAAUCUGCAUUACGACGAAGUGGACGAAGAGCCAGAGCUUCACGCGAGGACCUACAUUGCGCUGUUUUCCAUGUUUCUGUUGAACAUGGUUCAAGUCGUGGCACUCCAGGGUCCUCCGGCGGUUCUCGACUUCAUUGGCAAUAGCCUCGACAACCCCAAAACCCAGACUUGGGUGCCCAAUUCUCUUUCACUUGUACAGGCAGUCCUGGGACCUGUCAUUUCUCUCACCUCAGAUACCUUCCAAGCUCGAAAGAGCAUCCUUGUUGGCUCAUGCCUCAUCUCUCUGAUCGGAUCCGCCAUCGCCCCCGGCUCAGGCAACAUCUACAGACUCAUCGUGGCCCAAACAUUGAUCGGCUUUGGCUUUGCAGCAGUACCCCUUGCAUAUUGUGUUCCUAGUGAGAUCCUGCCGAGGAGAUGGAGGCCGAUGGCACAAGCAUGCAUGAACGUUGCCGCGGCCUUAGGUGCUAUUCUCGGGCCCAUGUCGAUUGGUGCCCUGACGAAACGCAAUGCAGAGGACGGCUGGCGCAAGUUCUAUUGGAUCCAACUUGCUCUAUGGGGGGCGACCGCUGCAGGCAUCUUUGUGGGGUAUAGACCACCCAAGAGACACACCCGGCUUGACCACCUAUCCUUCUGGCAGAAACUAGGCCACAUCGAUAUCCCCGGCUGCUGUCUUCUCACUGUUGGCUUGUCCCUGUUCCUGACUGGUUUGAACCUGGGAGGUAACUUGUACGCUUGGACCAACUCGCGGACGUUGGCGACUCUGAUCGUUGGAAUCGUGAUCCUCAUCGCCUUCGGCAUCUACGAGUGGAAGGGCACCAAAACCGGAAUCAUGAAUCAUGUUCUCUUCCGUGGCGGUAAGGCAGCAGGUCGCACAUUUGCUAUCUGCGUGGGCUUGAUCUUCAUCGAAGGCAUCAUGCUGUUCUCAUACAUUGUUUUCUACCCCGUCUUAACAUCCUCACUGUUCGAAACAGAUCCAUUACUACUCGUGUCUCGAGAAAUGCCAUUUUGGGUUGCCGGCGGCAUCUCCACUGUGAUCUGGGGCUAUACAAGCACCCGGUUCCGCACAAUCCGCGAACCGCUGUUCCUGGGUUAUCUGAUCUUCACUGGCGCGAUCAUCGGCUGGACCACGAUUCAACCUAAUGACAGCACUACUGCCUGCGUGAUGAGUGGUCUCGCGGGUUUCGGUUUUGGUGCACCACUCAUCCUGAUCAUUGCCGGCGUGCAGCUCUCCACGCCACACAGCCUGAUAGCAACGGCAACAGCCGUGACGACCUCGUCUCGAGCCGUUGCAGCAACCGUAUUCACGGCCAUAUACGCUGCAGCACUCAACACUCGACUUACCACCAACAUCCCCAGCGGGGUAGGUGGAGCCGUUGCUAAAGCCGGUCUUCCAGCCAGUUCGAUCCCGAGUUUCGUCGAGGCCCUAGCGGCGGGCAAUACGGACGCUCUGAGCAGCAUCCCGGGUGUGACACCUGCUAUCAUCGCCGCUGGUGUUGCAGGGCUAAAGCAAGCGCUCGCGGAUUCUAUCCGGGUAGUUUACAUUAUUGCCGCGCCUUUUGGGGCGGUGGCAUGCAUUGCGUGCUUAUUCUUGGGUGAUUUACGCAAGACGAUGAACUAUAUCGUUGAAGCGCCGGUGGAGGAGCUGCAUGCGAAGAAGCAUCAUCAUCACGACCAGCGUCGGGAUAGUGAACAUGCUGCCUGA